AUGGCAACAGGAACACCAACAACUAAUUCUCAUAGUGGAAAACAUCGAUUAGAUCCUGAAAUAGAAAAAUAUCGUUUAGAACUUAAUUGGACUAAAAUUCUUGAUAAACUAAAAUGUGCAAAAGUUUCAGAAUAUGUUAAAUUUUUGGAAGGAGAAGCUCAAUUAGAAUAUUAUUUACAACAAUAUCCAUUAACUGAUUAUCGUUAUAUAGAACAAUCUCGAAAUGAUUUAAUUCGUGUUGAAAAUCUUCUAAAAUCAGGUGGAUCAAUUCGUUCAUUUGAAGGUCGAUGUUUAUUAGCUAAAUUAUAUUAUGCUCAAUCACGUUAUGAUGAAUGUUUAACAUAUGUUAAUUUAGCAAUUAAUUCAAUACCAAAUGAUAUUAAUCAACAACCAAAUAGAUCUUCUUUAUUACUUGCAGAAAUUUAUGCACUUAAUACAUUAGUUAAACAAUAUGCCGAAUUAUUAUUAAAAUGUGUUGGUAAAGGAAAUUAUAUUCCAAUAAUAAGUUCAGAUGAUAAAACUAAUAAAACUAAUCGUCGAUCAUCUCAAUCAUUAUUUAUUCCUCUAGAUGUUGAUGAAGAAAUUUUGUUAUUAUUAUUAUUGGGUCAAACAUCAACAUUAAAUGAAGCUGUACUUGAUUGGCAACCUCAACAUGAAGGUCAAAGAGAACGUAGUCAUCAAGUUGCUUAUAAUAUUCUUGCUCUUCUCUCUAUAUUUCUUUCUCGUAAACAAGCAUUUCAUAUUAUUGCUGAUUCUUAUGAACGAGCUCUUCGUUUUUCAUUUGAACAUUUUCAAACAUGGUUUAAUUAUGGAUUAUCAUUAAUAUCGUCAGGUCAAUCAUAUCGUGCUUAUCUUAUAUUAAAAGAAUGUUUACG